GAGAUGGAGGAUAAGGUGCUCGACAAAUUCAUCAAGAAGCUUUUAGAUGCUAAGGUUGGAUCUGUGCCAAAGCAGGCGGUGCUUUCGGAGUCGGAGAUUCGGAAACUUUGUGUCGUUUCUCGAGAUGUUUUCCUUAGCCAGCCUAAUUUGCUCGAGCUUAAAGCUCCGAUCAAGAUCUGCGGCGACAUCCAUGGACAGUAUGUUGAUCUCCUACGAUUGUUUGAGUUUGGAGGGCACCCACCCAAGUCAAAUUACUUGUUUUUGGGAGACUAUGUUGAUCGUGGUAAGCAGAGCAUUGAAACGAUUUGCCUACUAUUCGCAUACAAGAUAAAGUACAAGGAUAACUUCUUUCUUCUCCGGGGAAACCAUGAAUGUGCUUCCAUCAAUCGGAUAUAUGGAUUCUAUGAUGAAUGCAAGAGAAGACUCAAUGUUCGUGUUUGGAAAAUGUUUUCUGAAUGCUUCAACUGCCUACCUAUUGCUGCUAUUAUUGAUGAAAAGAUACUUUGUAUGCAUGGAGGAUUGUCACCCGACUUGAAAAGGUUGGAUCAACUACGGAAUAUAAAUCGUCCCAUUGACAUUCCAGACGAGGGGCUACUAUGUGAUUUACUGUGGGCUGAUCCCGAUAAAGAUGUGAAAGGAUGGGGAGUAAACAAAAGGGGUGUAUCCUACACAUUUGGUGCUGAUAAGGUUACAGAAUUUCUCCAAAAACAUGGUCUUGAACUAAUCUGUCGAGCUCAUCAGGUUGUUGAAGAUGGGUAUGAGUUUUUCGCUAACCGACAGCUAGUAACCCUGUUCUCUGCACCAAAUUACUGUAACGAGUUUGAUAAUGAUGGAGCAAUGAUGAAUGUGGAUGAAAUGUUAACUUGUUCCUUUCAAAUUCUAAAAGCUUCACCAAAGAAAGGGAUGAUUGGUUUUGGCAAAUAUAUGGUAUCCCCAGCAACACCACACACAAGGUAA